UAUAUGAAUAUAUAUCCCCUAAAAACCCCUCUCUCUCUCUCUCUCUCUCUCUCUCUCUCUCUCUCACUUCACAAAGAAAAAUGGCAAGAGCAACUUCUGAUCUUCUCUUAAUCUUCAUUUUUCUCAUCUCUCUUCCCAUUGCUUCACCUUCUUCCACAGACUCCUUCGUCUUCGGAGGCUGCACUCAGCAGAAAUACGAGCCAGACUCACCUUACGAGUCCAACAUUAACUCUCUUCUCACUUCCCUUGUCAACUCAGCUACCUACUCCUCCUACAACAACUACACCAUCAUGGGCUCCAGUCCACAAGACGUCGUCUACGGCCUUUUUCAGUGUCGCGGUGACCUUUCCAUGCCAGAUUGCGCCACCUGUGUAGCUCGAGCAGUGAGUCAACUCGGCUCUCUGUGUUCUCUGACAUGCGGUGGAGCAGUGCAGCUUCAAGGAUGUUAUGUUAAGUACGACAAUACUACGUUUUUAGGAGCGGAGGAUAAGACUGUGGUCUUGAAGAAAUGUGGGCCGUCCAUUGGUUAUGAUACGGAUGCUAUGAGUGUUAGGGAUGCGGUGAUGGCCGGCCUGGCUCGGGCUGGUGGGCCUCAUCGAGCUGGUGGGUCAGGCGAGGUCCAGGGUUUGGCCCAAUGUGUUGGGGAUUUGAGUUUAGGACAGUGUCAGGAUUGCUUGUCGGAGGCCAUCAGCCGGUUGAAAACUGAUUGCGGCACGGGGGUUUACGGUGACAUGUUCUUGGCUAAGUGCUAUGCUAGGUACUCCACCGGUGGUGCUCAUGUUUAUACAAAGACUCAUAAUGAUAAAUCAAUCAAUGAAAGUGAGAAGACAUUUGCAAUUAUCAUUGGACUGUUAGCAGGAGUCGCUCUAAUUAUUAUUUUCCUCACUUUCAUAAGAAAGGUGUUUGGAGGAAGUGGCAAAUAAUUAAUUCCAACUUUUUCUAAGACAUUCGCCGAGCCACCGACUCAGUAUUCCUCCACCUGCUUCAAGUGAUCUGCUUUAGGGGGGGACUUUUGCUUGCCUUUUUUCUUUUUUAUUCAUAAUUUUAGCUUUCUUCUAUUUGAUAUUUCUUUUUUUUCUCUUUAAUUUACUCUUGAAAAUAAAGAUGUUGCUCGGGCCACAGGGCAUGAAGCCAAAUCAAAAGUUUAAAGGAGGCCAAGAUUCCAAUCGCUUCUUCACUCCAUUUAACAAAGUUGUAUUGUCCAAUGUGAAUUAAAAAAAUGGCAUGCAAUUCUUUUUGUAAAGGUUCA